UUUAGGAAAUACGGAUUCUUUAGACACAAAUGCUUCCUAAUUCGGGGUAGGAUUAUCUAGCAUAGAACAGGAUAUGGAUUCUUUAGUCAUCCUUUGAAAUCUGUGCUAAUACCAGUAUUAUCAUCCAUACUGUGAGUUUCUGCGCAUGCUCAAACCAGUGUUAGCAGUAUUUGAUCAAAACUAAGACGACUUUUUCUAUUCAAGUACCAUUUAAUGAUAAGAUCUGGUUUUAUUUAAGAUUUUGUAGGUGUUUUUCUUAUUUUCAUCCUUUUGUUUGCGUCCCAAAUUGUCUAAAAGUGAUUAUUUAAAUAUAAAAUUUUCAGACAAGUUAUGGAUACCGUUGAUGCUAUCCGUGAAAAUGAACUUAACAAUCUUAACGAUCUUAACGAUCUUAGAGAGCUACAUGAGAUGCUCAUGAGAUCUAAUGUUUUAGAUGUUCAAAGGAGAGCUCCUGUGUGGAGAAGGAACAGAGUUGAUCAUCUAAACUAUAUUCAAAACGAACGAGAGUUCAAAUCUAGGUUCCGGUUCAAUAGGGAAAACCUCUUGAGAAUUGUGGACCUAGUGUCCCCGUAUCUCAACCUGUCUGAGACUAACAGGGGGCUCCCUGUUAGUGCGGAGCAGAUUGUGUGUGUGGCUCUGGAGAUCCUUGCCGGAGAUCAAUACUUCCGCUGUGCAAGUUAUGGUUCCGGAGUCUCCAAAACCACUGCAUGGACAGCAUUGAAAAGAUUUGUGCAAGCUUUGUUGAAUGAUAAUGUACGGGGGCAGUUCCUGUAUAUGCCAACACAGGAGCAGCAGAGGGAGAACAUCUCUGCUGUUUUUGAUAAGUACAAGCUGACCAACGUCAUCACGGGGGUGGACGGGUGCCACAUCCCGUUCCUCGAAAAACCCAGAAGGAUUCUGGCUGAGAAGAAUUCUAAGGAUUUUAUCAACAGGAAAAACGUUUAUUCAAUAAAUUCUCAAAUUGUUGGAGGAUUCAACCGGAGAAUUUAUGAUAUUCUCCUCUCUGCCCCUGGUUCCUUCCAUGACGCAGCGGUCUGGUCAAUGUCAAAUGCAAAGGCAUGGCUAGAGACAAGAUUUCCCCAGAGGAUCAUGCUCGGGGACAGUGCGUAUCCUCAAACGGAUGUCCUCAUGACUCCCUAUCCUGAGGAACAGUCCAGGGAUGACAACAGUAAGUGUUUGUUUAAUGUAAGGCAUUCCCAAGCUAGGGUAGAGAUGACUGAGUGCAUCUAUGGGAUUCUGAAGCGUCGUUUCCCAAUCAUUAAACACAUCCGAAAUGAUUUACCAAAUGCCAUUCUUAUUGUGCAGGCAUGUGCAGUCCUACACAAUAUUGCUCUUGAUUGGAAAGACGAUGUUCCCAAUGAUCAUCAUCCUAAUGAUGAUGAUGAUGAUGAUGAUGAUGAUGAUCUGGAUGUUCCUCAGGAUCAGCUGCACAUCAUUAACAUGCUGAGUGUGAGAGAAAGGCGGGAGCAAUGCAUGAACGCCAGGGACAAUUGGAGAAUGAGCAUGGAUAGUAAUCCAACCCGUAAAGAGUUGGAGAAGAUGGCUCGGCAUGGUGUAGAAGCUGAAGCUUGCCGACGUGCUCGGCGCCGUGCUCAACACUAACUUUAUUGUUUAGUCUAUUUCCUUAAUAAAGGUGGGGUUUUUAAUGAGGCAGCAUUGUCCCAAUUUUCCCCACGCUGUCGAAUAUUGUUUAUUAAGAUAGAGAGAAAAUACAAAUUAUCAUUUUCCAUCAUCAUAAUCAAAAAACAAAGGAAUAGGAAUUCAACAUUUGAACAGCACUGAAGUGUAUUUUGUCAUAUGGGUCUGUUUACACUGCACAUUUAAAGUUUUAACUUAAUUAUAAAAGUUGUCUUCCUAUUUCAAAGUUUUCAGGUUAUUACUGUACCAGAGUUUUUUAAGAGGGUGACAAAAGUUUAUGGGAAAGUAAUUAAUUUAGA